GAGAGUUGGUUUGAGGUGACCAUGCAGACCGGUGAAUUAAUAAGCCUCAGUGUGUGAGUCGUUGUCAGCCUCAGAAGGAUUUCGCUUUGUGAAAACACAUUUUUGCUUUGAACUGUCGUUGUUUUGAUGGUCAAGAACUGGGUCUUGACUGUUGAUUUAUUUUCCUGUGAAGAAAGGCGGCAUUGACAGGCCAACUGCCACACAUGCAUGCAAGUGUCCGCUGCUGGUGCUGCUGGUGGAUGACUUCGCUUUGUUCCUCGGCUUGUUACACAGCCCCGGGUCUCUCUUUACAGCAGAGUUCAGAAUUGCUCUACAAUGUCUGCGGUGGCUUCUCUGCUGUGAGCACACAAAGGUUAUGCUGCCCAAAAGCUGUCUGAGUCCCAGUGAGAAAGAGAAGGGCUAAAGCCGCACCGAUCCAAAACCGCUUCCCAAAGCCUCUCCAGCAGCGACUCCACUGUGGAGCCAUGAGCAACCCCAGCGCUCCCAACCAGAUAACCGAUGCCGUGGCAUCGGUUAUUCACAGUCCAGAGGCUCCAGCUGCUUCAUCACUACACGUGACUCCGCUCCCUGAUGAGGAGGAUGAUGGGGACUUGAACAAAGCCUUGGGGGUCCAGCGCUUCCAGCAGAUCCUCAGCCCCGCUGCUGCUGUACCUGAUGAACAACACCACAACUACCAUGAGGAGGACAUUGAAUACAACCGUCACUCCUCUCACCACAUCCACCGACCUCUGUCCAAACUGCCCUCUGAGGGACGCAGGAAGAAAAGCAGCAAGAAAAGGAGAAAGGACAAAGAUCACAAAAGCAGCCAUGUUCCCAGCAGUGGCCCCAUAGAGGAGGGAGAGGAUGAAGAGGAAGAGGAGGAUGAGGGGAUGGAGAUUUCUCCUCCAUCUGAGUCGGAGAAAGUCAAAGAUGUGGAGUUCUUCGUUUCAGACGAAGACCAUGUGGCCAAACGUGGCAAAGAGAGCCCUCACUUGGCUCGUAAGCUGGAAAUUGUGCCACAGUCUGCGGAGCGAGCAGAUGCUGAAGAUGCAACUUCCUCAGACAAGCCAGCCUUAUCCGACGCUUCCAGCCCCUCUCCCCAGUCAGUGCCAGCUGAACACAUACCACUAGCCCGGGUGUCCUCCGCCAGCCGCAGCUACGACCUGCAAGAGCGCAGACGUACAGGCAACAUGACGGGUGCUGAGCAGGCCAAGUACCAGCGCAUCCCUACUGACGAGAGCGAGGCUCAGACCUUGGCCUCUGCUGACCUAGACGGCAUCAAGAGUCAUCGUUUCGAAGAUGUUCCCGGCGUGCGCAGACACCUGGUCAGAAAGAACACCAAGGGACAAGUGGUGCACACGGGCAAGGACCACAAAGAGCCGACCACUCGCAGUCGUAAGCAGGACCGAACCCCACAUGAGGUGUUUGUGGAGCUGAACGAGCUGACUAUAGACAAGAACCAGGAGAUGCAGUGGAAGGAGACAGCUCGAUGGAUCAAGUUUGAGGAGGACGUGGAGGAGGAGACCGACCGCUGGGGGAAACCUCACGUAGCCUCGCUGUCUUUCCGCAGUUUGCUGGAACUCAGAAAGACCAUCUCACAUGGCGCAGUGUUGCUGGACCUGGACCAGAAGACCCUGCCUGGCAUCGCCCACCAGGUGGUGGAGCAGAUGAUCAUUUCUGACCAGAUCAAAGCUGAGGACCGAGCCAAUGUCCUGAGGGCCCUGCUGCUGAAACACAGGUGGCUUCAUGCCCGCUUACUGCCUCUCUUCCUCAUGCUCACCCUCUCUCUUCCUCUCCCUGCUUCCCCUAGUCACCCAAGCGACGAAAAGGAGCACAGUAGCCCUUUCCCCAGGAACAUCUCCGCGGCCAGCCUGGGCAGCCUGAUAACGCAUCACAAUAGUGCCAAUCACACCCAUCCGCCAGAACCGUCGGUGACCGACCCGCUCAUGGGCACCGUCUACGCCCCGGGGGACAUGGAAACAUGCAUCGAUAUGGAGAAGAACGAUGUACAGCAGAAGGAGCCGACCUUGGUGUCCGGUAUGCAUCGGUCCAAAUCCAAACAUGAGCUGAAGCUGCUGGAGAAGAUUCCUGAAAAUGCUGAGGCCACUGUUGUCCUUGUGGGCAGUGUGGACUUCCUGGAGCAGCCCACCAUGGCGUUUGUGCGGCUGCAGGAGGCUGUGGAGCUGGAGUCCGUCCUCGAGGUCCCUGUUCCAGUCAGGUUUCUCUUCGUUCUCCUGGGACCCCCCACCACCAGCAUGGACUAUCACCAGAUAGGACGCUCCAUCUCCACACUUAUGUCUGACAAGCCAUUCCACGAGGCGGCUUACCUGGCGGACGACAGGCAGGACCUGCUGAACGCCAUCAACAGCUUCCUGGACUGCAGCAUCGUGUUGCCGCCUUCAGAGAUGGGAGGGGACGAGCUGCUGCGCUCCGUCGCUCGCUUUCAGAGCGAGAUGCUGCGCAAGAGGGAGGAGCAGGGGGUCAAACUGGCAAAGGAGCCUAAAAGCCACGAAGAAAAAGAGGCCCUCCUCACACCAUUGAAAAAGUCAGACGACCCUUUAAAGCGCACCCGACGCCCCUUCGGUGGGCUGAUACGAGACGUGCGGCGCCGUUACCCAAAGUACCUCAGUGACUUCAAGGACGCCCUGAACAGUCAGUGCAUGGCUGCCGUUAUCUUUAUCUACUUUGCUGCUCUCUCUCCAGCCAUAACAUUCGGAGGACUACUGGGUGAGAAGACAGACGGUCUGAUUGGUGUUUCUGAGCUGAUUGUGUCGACAGCAGUGCAGGGUGUGAUCUUCUGCUUGCUCGGAGCGCAGCCGCUACUCAUUGUGGGCUUCUCUGGACCCCUGCUGGUCUUUGAAGAAGCCUUUUACAGUUUCUGCAAAGCAAAUGAAAUGGAGUACCUGACGGGCCGGGUCUGGAUCGGGUUUUGGCUCAUCAUCAUCGUGGUCGUCAUGGUGGCCUUCGAGGGAAGCUUCCUGGUCCGCUUUGUGUCCCGCUUCACCCAGGAAAUCUUCUCCUUCCUCAUCUCCCUCAUCUUCAUCUGCGAGACCUUCAUCAAGCUCGGCAGGAUUUUCAAGGAGCACCCGCUGAGAAGUUGCCCCUUGAACAACGGCACAGAAGGGGACGCCUCGAAGGAAAAUAUCACACUUCUAAGCAACAGCACCCAGCCAGCGACGGUCCAAAACCAGCCCAACACUGCGCUGCUCUCUCUGGUUCUCAUGGCCGGAACAUUUUUCAUUGCCUUCUACCUGCGCAAGUUCAAGAACAGUGCAUUCUUCCCUGGGAGGUUGCGCAGGAUUAUUGGAGAUUUUGGCGUCCCCAUUGCCAUCCUCGUCAUGGUCCUGGUGGAUUACAGUAUAAACGACACAUACACACAGAAACUGAGCGUCCCUCAUGGUUUCUCUGUGACGAGUACCGAAAAACGUGGCUGGAUCAUCAGUCCUCUGGGUACCAACGGUGAAUUCCCCAUCUGGAUGAUGUUUGCCUGCAGUUUUCCCGCUCUGCUGGUGUUCAUCCUCAUCUUCAUGGAGACUCAGAUCACCACCCUGAUAGUGAGUAAGAAGGAGCGCAUGCUGGUGAAGGGUUCUGGUUUCCAUCUUGACCUGCUGCUGAUCGUGGUGCUGGGCGGCAGCUUGGCUCUGUUCGGCCUGCCGUGGCUGGCCGCCGCGACCGUUCGCUCGGUGACCCACGUCAACGCCCUCACUGUCAUGAGUAAGGCUGUCGCCCCCGGAGACAAGCCUCGCAUCCAGGAGGUGAAGGAGCAGAGAGUCACCGGGCUCCUGGUGGCCAUCAUGGUUGGUAUGUCCAUUGUGAUCGGUGACUUGCUGCGUCAGAUCCCCCUGGCGGUGCUGUUUGGUAUCUUCCUCUACAUGGGUGUGAUGUCCCUUAAUGGUAUCCAGCUAACAGAGCGGAUGAUGCUGCUGCUCAUGCCACCAAAGUAUCACCCUGACCACACCUACGUACGCAAGGUCCGUACGCUGCGUAUGCAUCUGUUCACCUGCAUCCAGGUGGUGUGUUUGGCGGCUCUGUGGGCUGUAAUGUCGACACAGGCGUCGCUGGCUUUCCCCUUCGUCCUCCUCCUCACCAUACCAGUCAAGAUGUUCCUGCUGCGCCGCAUCUUCACCCCCAGAGAGAUGGCAUGUCUGGAUGCGGAUGACGCGGAGCCGAAGUUUGACGAACGUGAGUGUCACGAUGAGUACUCAGAGAUGCACAUGCCUGUGUAACUUGCAACAAGCCCUCAUAUUACCACUUAACUCCUCUUACUGGACACCAAAAAUUUGUCUACCAGCCAUUGAGAUCCGUAGUCUUUUAAACUUGAAACAAUCACGAUUUGAUGCCACAUCACUGUGCAGCCUCUUUAUUCUCACUGAGACAUGAACGUACGGUAUGUCGAAGGUCUGGUUGGUUGUUACUUUGGUCCAACUUAACUAUUUAAGUAGCUUUUUAUCAGAUUGUUUGGGACUUUUCUUCCGGUUAACAGCACUAAAGAUUUUAAUCCAACUGAGGAAAUCAAAUAGUCAACAGAGUGUGUUCACUCAUAAUUUACUUUUUUAAAUAUAUAUUUCAGGGGACAGGAGAAUCCAAAUCAAAUGAUGUGAUAUCGAGCUCAAAUUAAUGUGAUUACAGUAGAUAGAUUUGCAAGACUAAUUCAUUUUUAGCCCUGAAAGGUUGCUUUGAUUCACAUUGAAUAUGUGGAGGAAAUAUGGGGUACAUUCUUUUAUAUUAGCACGCUGACUUACCGCUAUUCAAGUUUGUCACUUUUGUCAUUUUUUUAAACUCACCAAGAGCCUUAUGAAGGAAAUUAAAAAAGGUAUACUGAGUUUUUUUUUCCACAUUCUGUCUUAUUUUAGACAGCUGAUCACUUUAACUGCCUCCUGAAGCUCGUAGCACUUUUUUCAGACUGAACAAUGACUGUAUUUUAUGUACAUGUAAUCAUUUUAUCAUUUUGUAGUCCUUUUUAAUUCCCUUAAUAUCAUUGUUGCUUUAGUUUGCUUCUUAAACGACUAUCUGUGAUUCAUUUUAGCCUGUCCUUUAACUAUACAUCUUUUUUGUACUCUAAUGCAGUGGUUUAGAUGACCUUUGGGGUUUUAUGUCCAAUUUUGUACUGCAUUGAGUUAAAAUCACCAGCAGAGGGAGAUCUAGCAGGACUGUGACGAUGACGUAACAAAACUGUACAAGAAAAUCAAAUUUUCUCUUUACACUAAUGACGUGGCAUCAUGUUUCUAAUCCUAACAGAAAAUUAACACAGUGGCAUAAUAAAUAUACUCUUAAAUGUCGCCAUGCACAUGUUUAGGGCACUAAUGUUAUCGUGUAGAGUUUGUAUCACUUGGUGUGUUUAUGGGAAUCACUGUAAUUUAUUGGUUUCUUUGUCCAAGUGCCAAAUGUCUUGUGUUUUGUGAUCAGAACAAUAAGCUGCAGUUCAGUCAUCUCACAUCUCCUAACAAUGUUUCUUGAAGAAGCUUCAGCAUUAAUUAACAUUUCAUAGCCUAACAUUCCUUGUUUUAUCAUAAUUUUUUUGGUGGGGGGUACUAAUUUAAACAUUUCAUUCACACUCAUGUUGUGAACUUGCCUGGUCGACCAAAUUUGUGUAGACAAUCUCAAUAUUCAUGCAUUACUGAGAGUGAAGGCUUUUAAAAAUAUAUAUAUAUAUAUAUAUAUAUAUAUAUGUUUUGUUUUAUGUCAUGUUGUGUCGGUGUGACAUGUAUUGGUUAAAGCUUUGACCGUGUCAAAUAACUUACAUUUUCAGUCCUCUGUUACUCUCAAGUGUGUGUUUGAGACACUACUUUUCCCUCUGAACGUUCCCAGCCUGACUGUCAUUGUGAUCUUGUGCCUGUUUGGUGUCAAAAAGGUGCACAACAUCUCAAGUGCCUGUGGGACCAUGAAGUGAUCCGCUACAACUGUCUGUUGCGUUUGUAAGGACGACACACGUGUUACAAUAGUUUGCACAUUCGAGACGCUCCUAAAUCAAACAUCUUUACAUUAUUUAUGUGUUGCAAUAUGAGGCAUUAUUGCUGUUUUUGAAGAUGUAUUAUUUGUCACAUCACAAAACCUAUAUAUUUUUUUUUUUUUUUUUUAAAUGUACACAUUUGGCUGCAUCAUGGCCAUGGACUUUGAAGGAUGUUAAUGAGAAGUCGGCAGUGUCAGUUUUAUGUUUGUGCCUGUGGAUGAAGUGAAGUUGGUGUCUGUGUAUGCCAAAGUAGCUGAUUCGAUACGUCGUUCCAUUUCAAAAGCAAUACAAAGUCCGAGAGGCUAUUGCUGAUGUUCCCUUGUACAUUAAAGGUUGAAAUAUUGAUGACAAAUAAAAGUAAUUUUCUAUUUA